AUGUGAACACUAGAAUCCUGGAGUCUGUACAACAUGUACGAAUGUACUGCGGCUCUGUGCUUUGGAACGAAUUGUAUUUAGUGAAUUAAGUAAACUGAGAAAAAAUACCAUUGUCUCGUUGAUGAUAUGUCUCAAACUGAGUGAACUAGGACUAGAAGUCAUACUAUUGCUUACGAUCCCACGAUCUAAUCCGCAAUAUAUAUUCAUAUCAAAGGGCAAAAACUACAAUGACAAUUCCAGACCUGUAGGAGACAGCAAUGCAAUCUAGUCAGCCGAAAACUAACAAAGAAGAAUGUCCCACCGGAUGUCGGUAUUGGAAAUAUUAGCAAGUGUCACAACAGCAAUGGCUGGCAGCCGACUUGAAAGGUUUGGAACCGUGUUCACCCGGGUUCGAGAUCUGAUGCGCUCUGCGGUCAUUAAGCCGAUAGAGAAACCUAUCUGGUAUGAUGUAUAUGAGGCUUUCCCCCCUAAGAGGGACCCACUUCAUGUAAAGCCGCACACCAGACUUGUCACCAAGAAACAAGAAACUGUGUCUGAAAUCUUCUACAGAGAGGAUGAAGUCAGAGCGAAGUUCUACGUGAAGUAUGGGACGGGUCCUCGGCCUUUGGACUUGUCCAAGUCCAACUUUGUUUCAACAUGUCAGAGGUUUGUAGACCAGUUCACAGAGUUGAAGAGCCACAGUGAGCUGCAGGACUCUGCUCUCUUUGAAGAGGCAGGGAAGGCAUUGCUCAAAGAGGGCAUCGUGCUGAGGCGCAAAGGAGCUCGACCUGUGGCAGCAGAAUCCAGGGAUCCAGUGCUUGAACUAAAGCUAACCGACAUGUUGGCGGAGCAGCAGUCGGUCAGUGCUGACAGCGAGGAGAGCACAGACACAAACACACCAUAGACCUCAUCUGCGCAAGCCCCAUUUGGUAGCCUGCCAAUACUCCACACCAGAUACACUCUUCAACUAAAACAGACAAUUUUUUCCUGCUGCUCCUCUGGAAAUGAUGGUCUCUGCAGGAAUACCUUAAUUUUAACAACCAACUCAAGGCAUGGCUGUCUGCAAUCACACCGUCGGGUGUGUGUGUGUGUGUGUGUGUGUGCACGCGCGCGCGUGCACACACAGUCAGUACGAAAAGUAUUCAGACCCCUUUACAUUUUUCUUUGUUUCAUUGCAGCCAUUUGCUAAAAUCAAAAAAGUUCAUUUUUCAAUGUACACUCAGCACCCCAUCUUGACAGAAAAAAACUAAUGUAGAAAUUUUUGCAAAUUAAAGAAAAACUGAAAUAUCACAUGGUCACACACAGACGACAAUGCAUUCAUGUUACUGGUUGCAAUUCCAACAAAGCCAGACUACUAUGUGAGGUUCCAUAAGAGUCCAUUCUUGGGUCAUUGUUAUUUCUCAUUCAUAUAUAUGAUGUGUGCCAACCCUAGGUCUUUCUCACUCAUAUUUCAAUCAACUGAUUAUGGAAACGAAUGCUUGUUUGUCUAUGCUACAAUACACUUUGAAUAUAGAUGUCAAUAGAUAUCAACAAUAAUUCCCAGGAAUUUUAUCAUGAGAGUUCAGCAGUGAUGCGAGGUUGUCCGACAUUGUAGACAGAAAAAAAGGGUUCUUAAACGGUUCUUUAAAAGGGUGUGUGGUUCUACAAAGAACCAUUUUAUGUUUUUCAUAUGGGAUAUUAAAUGGUUCUUUGAGAUAUUAAAGAGUUCUUGAUUCA